CUGUGAGCAAUAGCUUUUCUCCGUUCAAGUUCCUCCCCUUGCGUUUCCCUUGUUGCAUGAUGGAUCUGUCCAAGUAUGUGGCAAAUCUGAUAUCCUUCUUCCGUAGAGAUCUCGCGGAAGUUUCUUACUGAAGAACAAUUCGUCUGGAGUUCCUUUGGUAGUAGAAGAAAUAUACUUGUUGAAUCAUAUAAAGCGAGUAGAUUAUAUUUAUAUGUAGGAGUACUAAAAUAAGCAAGAUCAUGUGCCGUCGCUGUUUGGUUCUCUUCUUAUUUAAUGAGACGAGGAAGGGUUUUUGUUUCCGUUCCGAAAGAAGUCUGCCCGAGUCGAAAUCUAGACCGUGCGCCGAAUACGGACGGCCGUCGAAUAGGAUCCGGACGUAAAGGGGAAGAGAGACUGAGGGAAAGGAGCUUGUUUUCCCCCGAGCUCCAAAACCCUCGCGGCCUCUCGCCUUCCCCUUCCUCUGAUAAUCGUGUUCGCGUGUUAGGCUCGGGAUCCGGGCGCUCCGUGCGAUGGGCGGCGCCGGCGCGGAGGAGGAGCUGACGGCGCAGGAGACGGCGCUUUAUGACCGCCAGAUCCGCGUCUGGGGCGUUGACGCCCAGAAGAGGCUAAGUAAAGCGCAUGUGCUUGUGUGUGGCGUGAAUGGUACAACUAUUGAGUUCUGCAAGAAUAUUGUUCUAGCAGGAGUCGGCAGUUUAUCCUUGAUGGAUGAUCACAUAGUCACGCAGGAUGAUCUUAACGCAAACUUCCUAAUUCCUCCUGAUGAGAGUAUAUAUGGUGGUAGAUCACGAGCUGAGGUUUGCUGUGAAUCCUUGAAAGAUUUUAAUCCAAUGGUCCGAGUGGCUGUUGCGAAGGGUGAUCCAUCUCUAAUUGAUGGAGAAUUCCUCGACAGGUUUGACAUCAUUGUAGUUAGUUGUCGACCUCUUAAAACAAAGUUGUUUAUUAAUGACAACUGCCGGAAGAGAAGCAAGCAUAUUGCUUUCUACUCUAUAGAGUGCAAGGAUUCUUGUGGUGAAAUAUUUGCUGACCUGCAGAACCAUAGCUAUGUUCAGAAGAUGCCUGGAAAAGAACCUGAACAGCAGGAAUUGACAUAUCCUAGUCUUCAGGAAGCUAUUUCUGUACCCUGGAAGAGUCUGCCGAAAAAAACAACGAAAUUGUACUUUGCCAUGAGAGUCUUGGAAAGUUUUGAAUCAUCUGAAGGGCGCAACCCUGGCGAGACAUCUCUGUCUGAUCUACCUGCAGUUUUGGCUCGGAGGAAGGAGAUGUGUGAUAGAAUGUCUUUAAAUGAGUCUCAAAUCCCUACUGUGCUCCUGGAACGGCUUCUUGCAGCUGGAAAGAAAGAACAUCCUCCUGUAUGUGCUAUUCUUGGUGGCAUUCUUGGUCAGGAGGUGAUCAAGUCAAUAUCUUGUAAGGGCGAUCCAAUGAAGAAUUUCUUCUAUUUUGACACGGCUGAUGGUAAAGGGGUCAUGGAGGACGUCCCCCCAACUCCUGCGGACUAAAUCACUUGCUGCCGAACUCCCAUUCUACCUGGCUUGCUGAUACCUGUACCCUUUCAUUCGUGUUGAACAAGUGACAACUCUAGAUUAGUGGCUGAGGUAGCAAACAUACUUAAAAUUUUAUUGCUGGGGUGAAGCUUAUCAGUAUUGUAUGAACAGGAAAUUGACAUUCUCUAGAAUUUUUAGCAAACAUACGGGUACGUGUUGUGGCGGUGUUGACCCCGUCUGGUUCUCUUUCGGUAGUAGACACAGGGAACGUCUUCACUGGAACCA